AUGGAAGAAUUAAAGAUGGAACUUAGUCUUCGCAGUUUUUUUCGGGACUUUAAUGCUCCGAAAUUCGUUCUGUACAGUUGUUUGUUAUGUUUCUUUAUACUUCUUCCAUUACGUUUUGAUGGUACUAUCGAGCUUAAUUACGCCCUUGUCUUUUUACCGUUGUGGAUUUGCGAAUUCAUAGUUUUUCUUGGAGCUAUUGUUGCAGCAAUAUCCUUCGUUAUAUCCCCCCCAUCUUUGACAGAGAGCUCACUUCGUUCGGAUUUUUACGGAAUGAUAUUAUGUACCGGAGAGCAUGGAUUACUGAUAUUGUUUGAGGUAUUAUGCUGUCAUAAAUUGCAAGCAAAUGCAACAGUGGAUGAAUUACCUUGGUUGCUCGUUUUUGUCCCCAUUUUCGCUCUAAGCUUACUCUCUGUUGUUGUUGCUAUAUGGGCAAUCAGAAACGAUAAAUCAUUUGAGUUGGAACUCUUCUUUUCCAUCAACAUUGUGCAGUUUGUUUUUGUUGCUUUCAAAUUGGAUGGUAUAUUGGAUUGGCAUUGGACAAUCGUUUUCAUUCCGUUGUGGGUGGUCCUAUCCUUAAGCGUCGUCGGAGUGCUUUAUGCAUUUGUUCUGGCAGUUGUGUUGGCACGAUCAGUUCAUAUGUUAGCUUCCCAGAGAAGACAGCAUCUAUACUCCGCUCUGUGUCAUACUUUACUUGUGAUACCAAUUCUUGUAUUCCUUUUGCUUCUAACUGGUAAGUUGGAUGCAAUAUCAUGGUCAGACGAUGAACCAGUCAGCCAAAUUGCUUUCAUCAUUGUUUGUGCUCCAUUAGAUUUGGCACUACUUUGUUUGAUUUUAAUGUCAUUUGGUGCGCGUGGGGGUAAUCCAUGGUGGUUUGCGAUGCGUGCACCAUUUUGCUCAUUUCUGCUUGAAGCUUGUCCAUGCUUGAAACAGUAUGCAAAUGUCAGCUACAAGUUUCGUUCAUCAUCCGAACGUCAACAUAUAACAGAAGACUUCGAGAAACAGAGCUUGCAGUCGGAUCGUUCAAUUAAAUUUCCAUUGCGUCCAGUUAUACCAUUUCGUUCAAUCGAAAGUCCUGAUUAG